CCUCCUCCUCCUCCUCUUCUUCUUUUUCCAUUCCGUCAUUGUGUCUCCACCGCCAAAUCUCCUGUUUAACCACCCAAGCUUGCAAUGUCCACUUCAAGUGAAGGUCAGCGGCUACCUUGGGGCUUCUGUGUCUCACUCGUUGCAGUGUAAAGAGGCCACUCUUCCCUUCGCGAAGGCUACAUUGGGCAUCUCACUAAAGUUCUCUCAACAUUGGAGAUUGGACGAUUGAGAAUUGCCCCAACUCUAUUGAUCAAAAAAAAAAAAAAGAAUUGCCCCAACUCAAACAAUCUUACUUUUGGAGCCUCUAAAAACAUAAAAACAUUUUUGCCUCUUUUUAGACUUCAGACCUAAAUAAUAGCUUUUUGACCUUUUGAACAUUAGAUUUCAGAGUUAUCAAAGGCCACCUUAGAUAAACAGAGAAAGAAGAGAAAAUGUGACAUCACUAGCAUUCUUUUUUCUGAACUCAAUUUCUUGUCUGACUUUCCUUGAUUAGGGGUAUUAUGGAAGAAGAAGAAACUACUCCAGAAUCUUCUGCAAUGGUGGUUGAUAGUCAGACAUCGGCUCCGGCCAUGACUGUUCCUCCUCUUGAAUCUACUGGGCCUGUUGCCCCUCCUGUUGUUGUCGAUCCAACGCCAACUACCAUUCCCCCACCUCGCAUACAACCACCUAUCCCACCUCCGGUUGUGCCACCCAUUGCUCCAAUACCAGCAAUUCCUACUCCACUCCUCCGUCCAUUGGCACCACUUCCUCCUCGUCCUCCUGUUAUCCGCUCGCCAGGACUGCAAAAUGGUGAAGCAAAUGACACUGAUUCUGAUUCUGAUCAUGAGGCUGCUGCUUCUUCCGUGGAUUAUGAGAUAUCAGAAGAGAGCAAACAAGUACGGGAAAGGCAGGAGAAAGCAAUGCAGGAGCUCAUGAUGAAGCGACGUGCUUAUGCUCUUGCUGUGCCCACCAAUGACUCAGCUGUUCGUGCCCGUCUACGCCGGCUUGGUGAGCCUAUCACACUUUUUGGAGAAAGGGAGAUGGAAAGGAGGGACAGGUUACGGAUGAUUAUGGUGAAACUGGAUGCUGAAGGGCAGUUGGAGAAACUCUUGAAAGCUCAUGAGGAUGAGGAGGCUGCAGCUGCUGCAACUGUAGUUGAGGGGGAUGGGGAAGGACCACAGACGUAUCCAUUUUACACUGAAGGGUCAAAAGAACUUUUGGAGGCUCGGGUUGAUAUUGCUAAGUAUUCUAUUGUGAAGGCAGCUAUGCGGCUUGAACGUGCAAGGAGGAGAAGGGAUGAUCCUGAUGAAGAUCUAGAUGCAGAGAUGGAUUCAGCUUUAAAGCAGGCUAGUGGUUUUGUGCUCGACUGUAGUGAGGUUGGGGAUGAUCGGCCACUCUCAGGUUGUUCAUUUUCACAAGAUGGGAAGCUUCUUGCCACCAGUGCUUGGAGUGGAGCUGCUAAAUUAUGGAGCAUGCCCCAAGUAAACAAGGUCAGCACCUUGAAGGGUCACACAGAGCGUGCAACUGAUGUUGCAUUUUCUCCUGUGCACAACAACAUCGCAACUGCCUCUGCAGAUGGAACUGCAAAGUUAUGGAGCACAGAUGGGUCUCUUCUGAAGACGUUUGAGGGCCAUCUGGCUCGUCUUGCUCGUGUUGCAUUUCAUCCAUCUGGGAAGUACUUGGGAACAACUAGCUUUGACAAGACUUGGAGAUUGUGGGAUAUUGAUACCGGUGUGGAAUUGCUUCUUCAAGAAGGUCAUAGUAGGAGUGUUUAUGCAGUAUGUUUCCACCAUGAUGGUUCUUUGGCUGCAUCAUGUGGCUUAGAUGCACUUGCUCGUGUGUGGGAUCUUCGUACUGGAAGAAGCAUUCUUGCCUUGGAAGGUCAUGUUAAGCCAGUUUAUGGUAUCAGCUUUUCUCCGAAUGGCUAUCACUUGGCUACUGGUGGUGAAGAUAAUACUUGUCGAAUCUGGGAUUUGAGAAAGAAGAAAUCCUUGUAUAUAAUACCAGCUCACGCAAACCUUAUUUCACAAGUAAAAUUUGAGCCACAGGAGGGUUAUUUUCUUGCUACUGCUUCAUAUGAUAUGACAGCUAAGGUGUGGUCAGGCCGAGAUUUCAAGCCUAUCAAGACAUUAUCUGGGCAUGAAGCAAAAGUUGCAUCUUUAGACAUAGUAGGGGAAGGACAAUACAUUGCAACUGUUGCACAUGAUCGCACCAUCAAGCUAUGGUCAAGCAGUAGAAAUGACAAGGAUAUUAAUAUGGAUAUUUAUUAAUCAACCCCUGCAGUUGUCUUUUGUAAUGGAAGAGAUGUUUAGUGACGUAAUGGAAUUAGUAGAGCAUCCUCUUUUUUUUUUUUUUUGUAUGAAAUUCUUUUGAGGGAUUCUGAGAACAAUGUAGAAGCUGUUAGCAUUGUGAUGUGGAAAAGUUUGUUAUCCAACCCCUAACAAAAAUGGAGAUAAUUAGAAAUUACUUUUAAGAGAUAAUAUUCA